ACAAAAACAUGUCACCGGUAAAAUGUGUGUAUUGUAUAGGAUGCUGUGUAUGUUCCUAUUAGUGAAAAUAAAUUGAGUAAAAUUUGGCGGAUAGAUGAAAUUUAUCGAAAGGCAGAAAAAAUAACUGUUGGCAAAUCUAUAGCUUCUGGUGAGAAUCACUAAUAUGAGUGAUGAUUUGGGUAGUGAUAGUGAAAAGGAGGAGGAAGAUUUUUCCGCCAGUGAAGAUGAAUGGCUGCCAGUAAAGGCUAGUCGAAAAUGUACAGCGUCUGGUCAGAAACGAGAUCAAUACGCAAUGGAUUAUGAAUCUUCCGAUAGUGAUUCUGACAGUGGGGAUGAAAAGGAUUUACCAGUAUACAAAAAUGUGAGAAAAAAGAAUUGCGUGACUGAGGGACGCAGUAAUAUUCGUCCUUCAGUUAAAAUGAAACUAACAAGUUCGGAACGAAAAUCAUUAUAUGAAAAAUAUCGUUCUAAAAUUACUGACGCUAAAAACGUAAAACAACGGGAUGGCGAUUCUGAGAGUAGUGGAGAUGAACACCUGGUGAAUCCUGAUCAAUUAGAUUUGAGUUCGGAUUUCUUCAAAGCAGCCCCCUCAGAUGCAGGACCAUCGAAACAAGCGUGCCCAAGCUUUGAUUGCAAUGCCGGAAUGCAUCUCUCCGAUUCCUCUGAAGGCGAGGGAGAAAAUGGUAAACUGUCCGUCGAUAGAAGCGCAGAAGCAAAACGGGAUACGAAUCGAAAGCUUAUAUCGAAUAUCAACAAAAAUUCGACCAGCUUUGUGCAGUUUGAAGGUUUAAAUGAAUUUAAUAGGAUAGUGGAACAGGCCAAGGAACGAGCGUCAUCAUUCAAUUUCAUGCAAGCUGCGACGGAUAAUUCUACAGAUAUUGGUGUUUUGCUUGCGAUGGGAGAACAUCAUCCCGAAGAAAAAAGGAAGAAAUCUAAAUCUAAUUUUGAGAGGAAUUCCGAUUCUGAUUGGGAAGAAGUUCUGUCUAGAGAUGGUGCACAGAAACAAAGUGAUGUUCAAGUCACGUUUAACUUAGAAACUUCGUCUGUAACACAGAAAAAGAAGCAAUCAGCUGAUAUCGAUAUGGAAGCAUGCAUCAAACGAGUUAUCAAUCGCGAAAAGCGUGAGAAUCAGAUUGUGCUACAUAAGGUUAAUAUCUUAAUGGCAAUAGGACAUGGUAAUUUUGUAAACGCUGCACUCAACAACACAAAACUACUGGCAUUAGCGCUAACGAUGAUCCCUUCACAAAAAUGCUACCCAAAAGAUCGUACAAACCUAGCUUACUUUGAACAGAUCCUAAAAUUUUACCGCCAGAUUGUAGAUCUAAAAGAUAAGCGUAUGUACUGCCGCUUCAAGAAGCUUCCUUCGUUGGCGACUUCGCUCAGACUUCAAAUGUUGACGAAAGCAGCGAUAUGCAAACGAGAUUAUAUUCUUAUUUUCAUCAUUUUGCUGCGGGCAAUCGGUGUCCAGUGCCGGCUGGUGAUGUCCCUAGUAGUGGCCCCGAGAAAACCACCUCAAAGUGAACUUUUUCAGCCUCCCAAAGCAACAGCAGCAAGUAGCUCGGGCUUGAAACAAAAUUCGGAAAGGGUGUUAGGCGGUGUAAGGAAGGAUGUCAUUCCCAGUGACAAAGCCAAGAAGAAAAAAGAGGAACCGGAAGAAAAGUCCCGAGUGAAAAGCUCGAAGAGGAAACCAAAUGAAACUGUCAGUGUUCCUCAGCUAGAUGGAGGGGAUGAUAUUCCAGUGAAAAAAACAAAACUGGAGGCCACGAAAAGAAAAUUGGCUGAUUCGAGCGCAAUUUCGGAGAAAUUAGCAACCAAUUCGAUCGAAACGACGUUAUUUUCGCCAAGAAAAACUCGCAAGCAACGUCAGAAUGAAACCAAAAAUUCUCAAAACGCUCAGGUCAAGCAAUCGAGAGAAAUACCGUCCCAUUCAUCGGCUACAUCAAUUGAAAAACAUAACAGCAAUAAAUCAACAGAACCGAACGAACUGUUGAAGAGUAAAACGUCCUCUCAGAAGCCAAAACAGUGCAAGCCUAGCUCAACUCAAACGUCACAAAGCAUGGCGAAAGACGGAACAAUCAACGAUAUUAAAAUUAAACCAGAAUCGUCGUCUGUUUCUAAAACUAAAUCAAGCUCCAGCAAGUCUUUCAAAUCUACACCACCAGCCAACAAAAUUGUCAAAAUCGAAUACGUAGAUAAGCAUAUCAAGCGACGACUGGAUCGUCGAGUAUUAUCCACCGAUAACGAAUGCAAAUCGAACUCAAUUCCGCUAAAAUCGAAGUCCACCGUUAACGUGUGGAUCGAGGUGUACGCUGAAGAAGAGGAACAGUGGAUUCCCGUUGACGUGACCAGCGGCAAAGUACACUGCCUGGAGCACAUUGUUAAAAACGCUAGCUCGCCCUUGGUUUACAUACUGGCGUGGAACAACGACAGCACAAUCAAAGACGUCACCACGCGGUACUGUUCGAACUAUGCCACCAGCACGAAAAAGCUUCGCGUGGAACAAGACUGGCUGGAUGAAACGUUGCGCAAAUUCAAAGGCAAACGGUCUGCACGAGAUAUCGAAGAAGACCGCUGCCUUAAUCAAGCGAUGAUGGAGCAACCACUGCCGACGGCCAUUGGCGAAUACAAGAAUCAUCCGCUGUAUGCGCUGAAACGACAUCUGCUCAAGUUUGAAGCCAUCUAUCCUCCUGAAGCACCAACAUUGGGUUUUAUUCGCGAUGAACCCGUGUACGCAAGAGAGUGCGUUCAUACGUUGCAUUCGCGGGAAAUUUGGCUCAAACAAGCAAGGACGGUGAAACUGUUCGAAACAGCUUAUAAGGUGGUUAAUGCACGGCCAAAAUAUGAUCGGGCAUCUGGCAAAAUGCUAGCAGCGCAGCCGCUGGAAUUAUAUGGGUACUGGCAAACGCAGGAUUACGAGCCACCCACAGCAGAAGAUGGUAUUGUGCCGCGUAACGCGUACGGUAACGUUGAACUGUUCAAACCAUGUAUGCUUCCGAAGAAAACUGUUCACUUGCAGCUUCCUGGUCUCAAUCGAAUUUGCAAGAAGCUGGGAAUCGAUUGCGCACAAGCGGUUACAGGUUUUGAUUUCCACGGUGGCAGCAGUCACCCGGUGUAUGACGGGUUCGUGGUAUGCGAAGAGUACAAAGACCUCGUCGUGGAUGCCUGGUAUCAAGAGCAGGAGGAAGAUGAAAAGCGUGAGCGCGAAAAGUACGAAAAACGCGUUUAUGGAAACUGGAAAAAACUUAUCAAGGGCUUACUGAUCCGCAGAAAGCUGCAAAAUAAAUAUAACUUUGAUAAUUUGUCCGGUUGAGGCCGAUACGAUGGUCUAAAGCUGAAUGUUGUUCUGUGUUUGUACUGUCAUCGAGAAUAUACAUGUUUAAAUUCGAAUAAUUUCUUUGAAGGCAUA